AUGUCCAAAUUUUUAUAUAAAGAAACGUGCGAUCAAGCUAAUUCUCACCCGAACAAACCUGGUUGGUCCUUGGGUAUAUUCUUACCGUACAACAAACAGACAGGCAAACUCGCCUACAAGCACCAAGGUUUUGACGUCCAAGGUGGAGGUUUUUGGUGGCCAGAUCUUAAAUGUGAAGUGGAUCUUGGAUUCUGUGACGGGAUGACAGAAGUUUUAUGGCGGGGUAACAAGGACCUUAUCUGUACCAGGCCCUCGAUCGAGCCUUCAGGAAAGUUCACUCGAGUAGGAGCUUCCUUUCAAGUUAACACCAAGUAUAGAAACGCCUGUGGUUCCAUCACAAAACGUUGGAAAUCUUACGUCAAUCCAGGCCGGACGGUGGCACAACUCAAACAAAGGAACUUGAAGCGCCUGCGAUACAUUGGUAGUCCCUCAUUUUUCUAUAAGAUGUAUCUCAAACGAAUUGCAGAACAAGAAAAGCAAAAUUCAAAAAAAAACUCUGAAUCUCCAUAUCUUUCUUCUGAAAUCCUAUCCGAAGCCUGUGUCGAUUUAAUGUACUUUAUCAUAAACGAAAAUGCUGUAAAGGAGUAG